UCAGUCUUGGAGACUCAGACAGCUCACCCCCUUUCCUGAGUAAUGGUUGGUCCCUUGUUAUGGUGAGUGCUUCCUAAGCCAGGAGCCAGUGAGCAGGCAGCGGUGUGGGAAUAUCGCCAGCACACUGUGUGUGUAUUGGUCGGCGGACACAGGCAGGCAGGUCCCUACGCUAGUCCGAGACACUGUUUCUUACAACCACUGCUUGUUGUACAAAACCUGUUUUUUGCUCGUGAUAUCUUUUCUUGUUCUCGAGACCAGCGUCAGACUCAUGUGGCAUUGAUCAAGGGUGACAACGUAAAAUUCUGCCUUUGUCUGAGCGAGGAUAAGUGUUUACUGUUGUGAUACAUGCGAGGAGGUUCUUCGAUACAUGUGAGCUGCAACACGGGAGCAUGGUGUACUACCACUACUAUUAGACUUUUCCUCCACUUGCUGUGCUUUCUACAAGUGAUGUCAAGUGAUGUACUGAAGUAAGGCUCAGUUCAGCAAGCUUGAAGGACUUGGGACUUGCCGUGACACUUGUGCUUAUUGGUGACUUUGUUGGUGGCCGGCGUUCUCAUUAUGAAGCUGUAUAAUGCCUAUGCCUACAUACAGGAUGAUGCUAUGGUGAAAAAGGCACGUCACGAAGAGCUGUCAGAUUCACCUGCAAACAGAGCAUGGAAGUACUAUAGCAGGUUAAUGGACUCUCAGCAACUGUCGAGUCCUGGACAUCAGACGGGCAACGGCAACUCUCCCAGCAGCAUAGCCAAUGCCAGUUACGCCACAAAUGGGACAGACACUGGCCAGGGUGUGAUAGUAACAACAGGUGACUCAACAGUGCUGACCAAUUCAGACUGGGCUAUGACUGGCGUCACAACUCAAACUACUGUUUCUGUAAAAAGUGAACCUAUCACAUGUGACGCCCCCACUUCUGGCACCUUCUCUCACGGGGCAGAUUUCGCAGGGUCCACUGAGAGCAGAACGAUGAACAGCCAGGGCACCUCCCAGAAUUCCACAGCGUACGAGGGCACAGCGGCACAAUUUGCAGCCUCUCAGUUUCCCUAUGGCAGCCCUGGUCGCCCGUACCCCCACAUUCUGCCUGCGCCAGCCUCACAGACUGGGAUGCCGGGCUAUCAGCAAGUGGUGACGGGGCAGCAGCAGUACAUGCAGCCUGCAAACCCAGGCUACUACAACCCACAGACCAGACAACCUUAUCUGCCAGGGGCUUAUCCUCCAGGUGCCAGACCAGCCAUGCAGGAAGCCAAGGGGGUACAGGGUCAGCAUGGAGCAGCUUACCCAACGGGUCUGUAUGGUCCAGGCUUCUCCGCAGCAGGGCAGCCAGCACAAGCCCCAUACACUGCAUAUCAAGUACAAGGUGCAUAUAGUACAAGUGCAGCUACCUAUCCCACCAACAGUCCAGCUACCAACACGCAAGCUUAUGCAGCACAACAGGCUGCUGUUGUGUUGCAGGCAGUGGGGAAACAAUCCCAGAGUGGUCAGGAAUACACGUAUCCCCCCCAGUUUGGGCAGGCUGGCACCUAUGCGCACCAGUACUACACCACCCCUCAGGGGUACUCCCCCUUCAACACAUCCAGCACCACCACCCUGACUGCACCCAGCACCACAACCACAUAUCAGCUGCAGCCAAUGCCUGAUCUCCCCACAACCGGAGUAGUGCACGAAGACGUUACGAAAGUGAAAAGCACGCCGAGCAGAUCGAAGUCACGACGGAAACAACCCAGCCCACCUCCAGAAAACGAUCUAGAGAGAGUUUUCGUGUGGGACCUGGAUGAGACCAUCAUCGUGUUCCAUUCCCUCCUGACCGGCUCGUAUGCGCAGAGAUUCGGAAAGGUAGGAAUUGACCCCCAGCAGGCUGUGGCUCUGGGCUUGAGAAUGGAGGAGAUGAUCUUCAACCUGGCUGAUAACCACCUCUUCUUCAACGAUCUAGAGGUAGGUACCACUGAAUGUGACCAAGUCCACAUUGAUGAUGUAUCAUCAGAUGACAAUGGCCAAGAUCUAAGUACCUACAACUUUGCGACGGACGGUUUCCACGCGGCAGCGACCAGUGCUAACCUGUGCCUAGCGACCGGCGUGCGGGGAGGGGUGGACUGGAUGAGAAAGUUGGCUUUCCGGUAUCGACGCAUAAAGGAGAUUUACAACAGCUACAAAAACAAUGUCGGAGGCAUGUUGGGUCCAGCCAAGCGGGAGCAGUGGUUACAACUGAGGUCAGAGAUUGAAGCCCUGACGGACUCCUGGCUAACCAUCGCACUCAAGUCCUUAUCUAUCAUCCACUCCAGGUCAAACACUGUGAAUGUGCUUGUGACCACCACUCAGCUUGUCCCCGCACUUGCCAAAUGCCUCCUUUACGGCCUGGGUGGAGUUUUCCCAGUAGAAAACAUUUAUAGUGCUACCAAAGUUGGGAAGGAGAGUUGUUUUGAGAGAAUUGUCUCCAGGUUUGGUCGGAAGGUCACGUACGUGGUGGUGGGAGACGGGAGAGACGAGGAACAAGCCGCCAAACAGCUACAGUGGCCGUUCUGGCGGAUAUCCAGUCAUAACGACCUCGCCGCUCUACAUCACGCGCUGGACCUGAACUUGUUGUAGCCCGGAGCCAGCCACCUCUCCCUGUAGUCCAGAUCCGUCUUCAAACAAACACCGAGACAUCUGCAGUAGUAGAGGCACCUCGUGGACCCACCAAACAAGAGAUGACCCACCCUUUCCCAGCUCUACCUAUCAUCAGUCCGACCGAUUUUGCCUCCUCUCUCCUGCCAGUACUGUGCUGGCAAGAAACGUCUUUGGUCAGUUUCUCAACCGAAUCAUAGUUGAAAGCCAAAGUUUGUGGACUCCUUACAAACAAACUUCAAUCUGUAAACUGAAGGCUACCAUACAGCGUGGUUGACAUUGAACCUGUUUCCAUAAGCUGCUCUACAGUGAUCAGUUGCAAGGAAUAGUUAGGAUAUCAUCCACAGAACCUGUUCUGUACAUGCAAAGUUUGGGAAAGCCUUCAAUAGCAGUGUUCAAGUCAGGGUACCAAACCAACAUGCACCAUGUAACCAAUCAUGACCCGCGGGGCAAAUUUUUUUUGUAAAUAGAGUUGUUUACGAUGUAUUAGAGAUCACAUGACCUUGCUGAUGAUGAGAGGAAAUGGAAAUAUAAAAAUAGGCAUUCUUAGCUUUGCUGCUGUGUGACUCACACAGGCAAAUUUGUCAAUGAAAUCCAGCAAUAGUGAUGAGGAUGAAAAAGUGAAGCAUUUCAUUUACAACCGUUGGAAUGUAGGCUUUAAAUGUGAUUCUUGGCCGAUGAUCAUGAGAGGUAACAGUCCUAGGAUAACAUUGAUGCUAUAGGAACGUAUUUUAUGUACAGACAGUUGUUAGAGGACAUCUUAGUGAACCCUCUCAGCUUGCCAAAGGUUAUGAUUGUUCACCUGUAGGAACUGUUGUAUGUUUCGAGGUCUUUUUCUGUGUGAACCAUUCUGGCUUUUUUUGACCUUUGUCUCUUGAGCAGAUGUUGUUGUAUAGGAAAUGUGUUUGCCAAGUUGUGUCAGUACAUUUGUGUGCCUUUGCCUGUUGAUUACAGCUGAAGUUUUCUGAUUAAAACGCAAGACAUGGAGGAGUUUUUCAAACAAGAACCACACCUAUUGUACAGUGGAAUCAAGUGAUACUCUAUUAAAGUACAAUGUAACAUCGGAUCUGCCUUAGGGUUAGCCAGUAAUCUAUGGCAUUUACAAUGCCCCACUAUAUUUCUGUAGAAAUGUUGUCAAAAGAAUAGUAUCCAUCCCAUCUGUAAAAAGCUUGUCCUUGGUUUAUGUCCAAGCUGUGACCAAAAAUGGCCAGUUGCUACAACUAGGCUGCAAGAAAGGUGUUUUUUCCUUGAGUAUUGAUCAUGAUGGCUGUAUAGGAACUACAUGUAAAGCUAUAGGAACAUAGAUUUUCAGGUAGUAAGAUUCAGUUAAAGUGUGUUUCUGCUUGUAAAGAUUGCUGCUUUUUGGCCAUGUGACUGCUAGCCAAUCAUGAAGGAACUUGCGUAAUAGGUUUCCUCGUUAUUAGAAGAGGGCCACUAGAGGUAGGAAUGUUGAUUUGAAAAACUCCUCCAGUGCUUAACAAAAAAAUGUUGUUGACUUGGUGACAUGGGAACACUGUCUGUUUGGGAAGUCAAUUGUGUUAUGAAAGGCAAAAGCUAAUUAUGCGAAAUUUAUAUAUUUUUAUUGAAGUGUUGUGUGUAGCUGUGACUAGUUUCAGCCAUCGAUUGUAAUGUAUGUCCAUGUAAUGUACUUAGUUUUCUAGUGCCAGAGAAUAGCUAAGAUAGAUAGACUAUUUUGUACAGUUUCAAAACUUUGAAAGAUCGUAUGCUAUUGGUUAUGUAUGAAAGCUGAUGUGAAUUGUGUAGCAGAGAGCUCUGCUGUGAUUCGUAGGUAGUUGACUCCGCCUUCUCAUGACAUCUCCAUAUAUGGUCAUGCAAGCCAAAUUAGGAAAGUGAGUGAUUACCAUAUAUGGCAUUUACCUCAGUAUUGGAUGUUGAUAUUCAACAGUGAAGUGUGUGAUUGCAUCUAUAACUAGUUAAGAUAGGAGGGUAAGAUGGAUUUUUGUAGGAACAUUUGUGUCAAAGCUUGCCAUCAUUGGGAGCUCAGCAACAGACUGUGAUUUAGCACCAAACAGAAUCAUGGCCCCAAAUCAACAACUACCAAGGCAAACAGGUGUUAGGUUAAGUGAAAUUAACCGACUUCUAAAAAUAAAUAAAACAUUGGGGUAGAUUUUUGUGCAGUCCUGUUGAAAACAGUGGUGUAAAAGAUACAACCAACCAAAUUAUGUCCUCGAGAUACAAGUUUAAACUGUUGUAAUUUUUCCUGGAGCAAAACCAUCCAAAACUUGUCAGUAGGUUGGAAAUAUGAAUGACUUUGUGUGCCAUUUCAUCAUUCAUGAACGUUGUUCAUGGCCACUUUAUCAUUUGCUCCUAGUGUUAGGAAUUCUAGUAAAAGUUGAUCCUGACGGAUCAAUUGUGGUGUUGCCUUGGGAACAGAACCUUUGUUGCCAUGGAGACAGAAUUGUCCAAACUCAAUUGAUUGUGUGGUUUGUGAUGUGCUUGUUACCAAGGUUGCAUGCAGGCUCCCAGACUGCUGUGGGCACUUACUUGUUGUUUGACUGUUGAACCAUAAAAAUAACCAUUUCAACCGUGAACUUUGAACCAUACAUGCUGAUGACCUGUAAACAAGUGGUUGUUGACAGAUUUGAUAUUUUAUAAGCAUAAGAAAUAAAGAUGUGUUGUGCUUUUCUA